AAGGUCACAAUGGGACUUCUGGUUCUGCGACGAUUCAACAACAGUUAGAUGACGUCAUGACGUGAACUGAAAGACGCCACCAAAAUGGCAAUGCGCUCGCUUCCCUCUCCAAAUACUUUUCCAUUCUGACUCUGUCUUUCAGUUUUGUGAAUAGAGUUGAAAAAGAAGAUGUCUUCCGAGCCUGGAGCCCAGGUAAGGCAGGUUGCCAUUGACCAGCUGAAGCAGGAGGGGAGUCAACUCUGGAGCGAGCUAAAACAGCUUCACCUCUCUGUAAACAAUGAGAGACAACCUGUUCCACUUGAUGCUGCGAAUCCAGAGCAGACUAUCGAUGCUGUGAGAGAGAAGCGGCUACAAGCAGAGAUAGAUGCUGUGGCCAAUGAAGAAGUACAAGAAUUGAGUACAAAUCCUGAAGUACUGUAUGAACUGUUGAACGAUGAUUUGAGCAAGUCAGUGCACCAGCUUAAAGAGACCUUGAUCUAUGCCAACACUGAGAUUGAGAUGGUUGAUCAGUCUAUUGCAAGCGAAGAGGAGUACUUGAAUCGCCAUGAGAUGCUUGGGAAGGCUCUCGAUAAAAAGCUGGAAGAUUUAAAUGGUGUAAAAGAACAGUCGCAAGCAAGUAUUCUUAAAAAGUAUGGAGAACGGCAACAGAAAAUGACAACCUAUUUGCGCCAGAUUACCAAGAAAAUGGCUUUGUUCGUGAAUGAAAAUUACCCAGUGCCAGAUGAGGUGACGACAGCAGCUUCUAGAAAGCGUCAUUCAUCUGGACCAUCUGCCAGGGAUGCUGCACGAAAAGAGCCAUACAUCCCAAUGCUAAAACUGAUAGAGAUGCUACUCAACCUGUGUAUAGACAGUCCAUUCGACCCGUACGUAGAUAUCACCGACAACCUAUGGCCGCCACAUAUAGAACUUUUACUGCGUUAUCAGCUUGUCACACGACAUCCAGAAAUCGAAUCGAAAAUCAAACUGACACCUUUUCAUUUAUGAGAAGGAAGGUACCGCAGUUCUGCGCGGUAGUAUUUCGAUGUUUCCAAUUGGAUUAUGGAUACAGUGUUGGGGAUGGAGACUUCAGAUUGUGUUUUGUAGAAAUACUGCUGCUGGUUCUAUGAACAUU